UGGAAGUUGAAGCCGUCGUCACUGCUCCCUGCAGGGACCCAGACGGCGGCCAGACGACCCAGCAUCACCAGCACUGUCGUGGUCCGUACGUGCCUGCAGUUUAGCGUUUGCAGGGUCUCAACUCGGCCACGUAGCGGCAGUUCUACGGAGUGAAGCGAACCGACCAGUUGGGGGCCUGGGCCACGCACGUCGACAGCGUGCAUUUAAAUACGCCGGCGGAGCUCGAUCAACGAAAGUCGAUCGAGAGACCCUGCUGAGCUAGCUGGACACCGAGAGAGAGAGACAGAGAGAGAGAGAGAUGGGCAGGAGGGCGUGCUGCGCCAAGGAAGGGGUGAAGAGAGGGGCGUGGACGGCCAAGGAAGACGAUACCUUGGCCGCCUACGUCAAGGCCCACGGCGAAGGCAAAUGGAGGGAGGUGCCCCAGAAAGCCGGUUUGCGUCGGUGCGGCAAGAGCUGCCGGCUGCGGUGGCUGAACUACCUCCGGCCCAACAUCAAGCGCGGCAACAUCUCCUACGACGAGGAGGAUCUCAUCGUCCGGCUCCACAAGCUCCUCGGCAACAGGUUACAUGAGCUGACGACGAGCAGCCAUCUGCUACGAAUUCAUCAGUUCCGGUGUUGGCCGUGGUCGCUGAUUGCAGGCAGGCUGCCGGGCCGAACAGACAAUGAAAUCAAGAACUACUGGAACAGCACGCUGGGCCGGAGGGCCGGCGCCGGCGCCGGUGCCGGCGGCAGCAGGGUCGUCUUCGCGCCGGACACCGGCUCGCACGCCACCCCGGCGGCGGCGGGGAGCCGCGAGAUGACCGGCGGCCAGAAGGGCGCCGCUCCUCGCGCGGACCUCGGCUCGCCGGGCUCCGCAGCAGUAGUGUGGGCGCCCAAGGCGGCGCGGUGCACGGGCGGGCUCUUCUUCCACCGGCGGGACACGCACACGCCGCACGCGGGCGGGACGGAGACGCCGACGCCAAUGAUGGCCGGUGGUGCAGGAGGAGAAGCACGGUCGUCGGACGACUGCAGCUCGGCGGCGUCGGUAUCUGUAUCUCCCCUCGUAGGAAGCAGCCAGCACGACCCGUGCUUCUCCGGCGACGGCAACGGCGACUGGAUGGACGACGUGAGGGCCCUGGCGUCGUUUCUCGAGUCCGACGAGGAGUGGCUCCGCUGUCACACGGCCGAGCAGCUUGUGUAGACAACAAGUACACGUACGGAGUACAAUUAUAUAUAGCCAUGCGUAUGUAUACUUUUUUCCCUUCUCCAAUCCAAACAGAAAUACGUAUGCGUAUGAAAUAGUAUCGGUUUCCUGCUGCAUACGUAAAAAAAAUAAUCUGAUUUAAAUGAUUUGUUUCGUUUAUAAAAAUAAGAUCUCCACAUCAGAUAUGCAA